CUAACCACUUGCAAAGUAAUAACAACAUGUUCUCUGCGUUAGUUCAUCAUUUUCUGAAUGUAUAGCAUGACAAUAGCAGCUGGAUUAAAUAUGUUCAAUUCAACAGUAACUGAGGAGAGACAAUAUGCUGAUUUUGUUUGAGAAUGUAGACGUUUUAUACAUAAAAACAUAGGCCUACUCUCGAUAUGUCGAAGGAAAAGAAAAAAGUUGAGGAAUUUUUGCAAAAAAAUCCACAUUUUCUCAAAGAAUGGAUUAGAGAAAAUGCAAGCCCUGAGUUGAAGGCAGAAUUAUCUGAUGAGUUGAAAGUUAAUGAGCCUGUUAUCCAAUAUGAUAGUAGCGCCAGAAAUUCCAUAACACAAUGCAUGUUCAAAAGUUAUGUGGAGGGGAAGAGGUCGAAAAAGAUAUCUGUGCAGAAGGAUAUCUCGGCUCUUCAGAGUAUGAACGAGAAAGAACUGUUCAUGGAAUUGAUAAGAGAUGUUGCAAAUGAGCUUGAUGUAAAUGUAUUAUGCCAUAAAAUUCUAGUCAAUGUCAGUAUGCUGACAAAAUGUGAUCGUGGUAGCUUAUUCCUUGCAAGGGGUCCAAAGGAAAAUCGUUUCCUUGUGUCCAAACUCUUUGAUGUGACACAGACUUCAACAAUUCAAGAAUCCAUUCAUACUGCAGAUAAUGAAAUAAAAGUUCCAUUUGGUGUUGGAAUUGCAGGUUGUGUUGCAGAAACAAAAACCAUGAUAAAUAUCACUGAUGCUUAUGAGGACCCAAGAUUUAACAAAGAAGUGGACAAAAAAACUGGGUACAGAACGCACAGUGUCCUUUGCAUGCCUAUUUGUAACCAUGACGGAGAUGUGAUAGGUGUUGCACAAAUUAUCAACAAAACCAAUGGAAAUCAUCAAUUUAAUGAUGAUGAUAUUGAGGUCUUCAAAAACUAUUUAACAUUCUGUGGGAUCGGCCUGACUAAUGCACAGCUAUUUGAAAUGUCUGUGCUUGAAUAUAAAAGAAACCAGAUGCUGUUGAAAAUGGCUCGGAGUAUUUUUGAGGAACAGUCGAAUCUUGACAAUCUGGUCCAGAAGAUCAUGCUUGAAUCACAAGACUUGUUAAAAUGUGAACGCUGUAGUGUUUAUAUCAUCGAUGAUACCAUGGAGGGGGAAGAACAUGCAGCAUACCAACAGCAUAGAAAUCCUGUAGAAAUGAUGAGAGCUCAACAAAGGAUUUCAGUGUCAUCAGUGAAAAAAUUUUAUCACCCUGAGGAUAUAGUGUUUGAGAAAGCAUUCGAUCUCUUUGCUUGUGAUAAAGAGAACAUCAAGAACCCAAGUACAAAAGACCUGGAAAGCUGGAAUAAUGCUGAGAUAGCUAGGCAUGUGGCAACAACUGGUGAGAUCCUGAACAUUCCAGAUAUUGAGGUAGAUGCAAAGUGGGGUAAAAACCAAAAAGUGAUGAAUGAUUAUCCAGAAUUCAAGACGCGUAGUUUGCUGUGUUUGCCCAUAUAUAGCAGUGAGCACAAGGUCAUCGGUGUUGCUCAAGUCAUUAACAAAAUCAACAAUCAGCCAUUCAAUAACAAUGACAUCAACAUCUUUGAGGCAUUUGGGAUAUUCUGUGGCCUUGGCAUAUGCAACACACAGAUGUAUGAGGAAGCAGUGAAACUUAUGGCCAAGCAGAGUGUCGCACUGGAGGUACUUUCCUAUCAUGCUACAGCCCAACAGGAGGAAACCAUGAAACUGAAGAAAGCUGUCAUUCCCAAAGCAAGCAAGUACAACCUCUAUGGGUUUGACUUCAGUGAUUUCCCAUUGAGUGAUGAUGACACAGUGAAAGGAACAAUCAGAAUGUUUUUGGAGACAGAUAUCAUGUCACAGUUUCAUGUACCAUAUGAAGUCUUGUGUCGUUGGAUCCUCAGUGUAAAAAAGAAUUACAGGCCUGUCACCUAUCAUAACUGGCGUCAUGCUUUCAAUGUAGCACAAACCAUGUUCACCAUGCUCUAUACAGGGAAGAUCAAGAAGGUGUUCACUGAGCUGGAGGUAUUUGGACUGCUGGUUGCUUGUCUUUGUCAUGAUCUCGACCAUAGAGGGACCAAUAAUGCCUUUCAGAGCAAGUCAGAUUCACCACUGGCUAUGUUGUACGGGACAUCCACUAUGGAACACCAUCACUUUGACCACUGCAUCAUGAUUCUCAACAGUGAGGGCAACAACAUAUUCCAACAUUUGAAUCCAGAGGAUUACAGAAAAGUUAUUAAGGUGUUAGAAAGUGCAAUCUUAUCUACUGACCUGGCUCUGUAUUUCAAGAAACGUGGUGGUUUUGAGAAACUAGUAUCAUCAGGAGAAAGGAAAUGGGAAGAUGACAACUCAAAGGAACUUCUCAGGGGGAUGAUGAUGACAGCAUGUGAUGUGUCUGCAAUUACAAAACCAUGGGAGGUACAACAACAAGUUGCUGAAUUAGUCUCAGCAGAAUUUUUUGAACAAGGAGACCUUGAAAAAGAACAUUUUGAUGCUGGUCCAAUAGCAAUGAUGGACAGAGACAAGAAGGAUGAACUGCCAAAGAUGCAAGUAGGAUUCAUAGAUGGAAUAUGCAUGCCUGUAUAUAAGCUGCUGAGUGAAAAGUUUGAAGAGGUUGCACCUAUGUUGCAUGGGUGUGAAAGAAAUCGCGAUAAAUGGACAGAGCUAAUGCCUGAUCGCAGAGAUGAGCCAAAAAAGCAAAAUGGUCAGACAUUAACCAAGGAUGGUAAUCCACCAGGUGAGCGGACAAAAAACGGUGAUCCGCCACCACAACAAACCAAUAGCAGCCCAGCUGAAGUGGUGGCGGACAAUAACAAUAAGAUGUUGAAUGGAGGGCGUGACUGACAAAAAAAAGUUAACAAAAAAGAAAAGCACCACAUGCAUUAUGGUCUAGAUGAACUGUUAAAAGCAUUGAAGCAAAAUACCACCACUUCAUAAUGUAAUCCUGGCUCUGUGGACAGUUGAUAAUAUACUAUAGAUUACAUAAAAGAACUGAUAAGUGUUGAGUUCUUUUAAUGUUGCUAUUACUGUAUGGAAUAUUUACUGAAGUAAUAGACCCACUGAUUUGUAUCUUCGAAUACAAACAAUUAAUAUUUUAAAAAUUUCUUUUUUUUUCCAAAAUAGAAUGGAAACAUGUCCAUCUUCAUGUGUAUUUGUACUUCAAUCAAUAGGUAUUUUAAAAAAUACACAUGAAAAUAGCAAAGUUUAUAUUAGACAUGUGUGGAUUGUGUGGUAUUAGGUGACAACAUUGCAUUUUAAGUGAAACGGGUGAUUUUCAAGAAUUCUAAAUAUGUUAUGUUUUUGAGCCAUGCUGAUUAUACUGGUAAAAAAUAUUAUAUUUUCAAUGUGGAAAGUUCACUUUGUAAAAUGAAAAGUAGAAUUACAAAUUUUAUAUGUCCAGUACUCAAUAUCACUGUGGUGGAACUCUUCAAACUCUUUACAAAAACAGAUCUGUUUCAGUAACAAAAUGUUGCAGCCUCGAAGGUACGAUAUCUCCUUUUCAAUGAUUUCUAAACAUUUAUUUAUGGCUUCUAUUAUUAUACAUUACCACACAUGCCAUAUGUGAUAUAUAUUUUAUAUAUGUUUUGUGUACAUAAGAUAAUCUUCACCAUCCAAAACUCCGUAACUGCAUAAUCAGAGGUAUAACCAUGGUUAUAAUCCUGCAUGUAAUUAAAACGCUGUGCAUAAUUAUUAUAAUACUGCAUACUAGUAUUGCAUAAUG